AGCCACUGAAGAUGAAAGUUGCUGUAGUUUUUGCCUUGUUUGCGCUGCUGGGCAGCAGUGCUGCCUUUUCGAUGGGACGUGCUGGUCCGCCUGUUCCUGUGCAGGCAUUUGAUCCUACCAAAUAUGAUCAUAUCUUUGCUCAGGUGCGUCCUGCAAAGAAUCCGCAUUUGGAAAUUGAAGUUGUGCACGAACAGCCCGUGCACCAGCAGAUUGACUUGGAGUUGGAUGUAAAGCAGCCUCAGCAUUUGGAGUUCCAAGUGCAGCAGCCUCAGCCACAUCAUAUGAAUGUGGAUAUUAAGCAGGAGCAGCCGCAGCAUCAGUUUGUGCAGGUGGAACUUAACCAACCCCAGCCUCAUCAUGUGAAUGUGGAAGUUAACCAUCCACAGCAGCCACAGCAUAUGACUGUGGAACUUCAAGCACCUAAGGGUCCACAGUACUUGAGCUUGGAUAUGCAAAAGCCACAGCAGCCGCAUCAUAUGAAUGUGGAGAUCCAGCAGCCACAGCAGCCCCAUCAUAUGACAGUUGAGUUGAAGCCAGAGCAGCCUCAUUAUGAGGUGGAACUCGCUGGCGAGCAUGGACAGCAGCACAUGGAAGUGCAGCUAGUGCACCAUAAUGCUCCAUUCAUGCCACAUACACAGCCGCUGCAGGUAGCACUGAUGCAUUAGGCCAGCAAAUUUUAUAUUUAAAGCGCGCAAUAAUUUGAUUGUCAAGUCUUUUGGGCUUCUGCAUAAAUAUAUAAAUGUCGCGCCACAGUUUGUAGUUUGCAA